AGCUUUUCAGUAAACGCAUCCGCAAGGUGACAAGGUUACAGUAUGUGGUCAUAAACCAAGUGUGGCCAGCCUGUUGCAGCUACACUGUAUGUCCACUAAGUUGUGUAAUUGAAGUUUGUUCCACCAGAGGGAGUCAUAUUCUAUUACUUUUUCUCAUCGUCAUCCUGUAGCCCUGGGUUCUUCAACUGCUUCUUCCUGGGGCCCAGAUUCUUUCUAUAAAUGGUGCAGACGGGCCAACACAAAUGUCAAAGUACCAUCUAUAAAGCAAUUUAUGAUAUGAGGUGUUGUACUUGUUCGUCAUCACGAGUUUUCUAUUAUUAUUCAGUCACUGGUGGGAUGUAUACUCACACUGAGCAGAUGCAGACUUGGAUAUACUCACAAUCUGUGAUGCGUCUGAAUACUCAAGAACCUAAGUGACUGAUAAAUGCUCUAAAAGUAUGUCUGUUAGGCUGCUUUUGGCCUCCAGACCAUGAGUUGAAUAGCCCUGCUUUAGCACGUCUGAUAGAAAAUCUGACCUGUUGAUGACCUUCUUUUUCUUUUAUUUUUACUGAGCCAGGUCUGAAAUGGGGACCAGGUUCUUAAAGAGUAACACAUCACUGAUGCAUUUGCUGUAUGUCUCCUCUGGUCUCAUGACAAUUUGCUAUUUUCGGUAUCAGAAGACAAUUAUUUAAGGUUGACCUUCCAGUCAUUAGGCUCCUACUGUAACCUGGCAACAGUGUUUAAUGCAAAAAUGUUGAUCUCUUGCAAAAUAAUUUUACUGCAACUUUGCAUAACAAUGGGUAGGUUAUAUAGUGAUAUGCGCUGGAAAGUAAGGGUGACCCUUACAUAUUAUUUUGAUGCCCAUACAUGCAAUUAACAGACGCUUCCAGAGCGUUUUACACAACUUCCUCGGUUUGUUUUCGGAAUGUGGACUUCACAUGGUGAGAAAUAGUUUUAAUAGCUUGGUCCAUUUUCCUUUAUAAUCAGCUGCAUACAUUGACAUAGUGUGUCCAAUCUACGAAGUAAUAAACUAUUCACGUCUGCCGUGGUGAUUGUGUCAACUACUGUGAAUGUCAUUUUGCCUGACGCACAGAGCUUUCUUUUUAUAUAUUGACGAUAUAACAACUUAUUUGUUGCGCAAGACAGAAUGACACCAAGUCAGUUCGCUCUCACACGUCCACCAAACAGUUUAUCCUUAUCUUUCUGGAGAGUAGUUUCAUGUUCAGCAUCUCACAUGGUGGUGGGCGGUUAAAUGAGAAUUUAUCAACGUGACAAUUUCUUUGUUGUGAGUUUCCUCAACAGGCUUCUCUCAUUGGCUUAGCUGAAAUUCAUCCCUCGUAGGGAUCCGCCUAUCUGUAUAUAUAUACGCUCUGUUGUGCAUGCAUGUGGCAUGACAGUGAAAACUCUUUGCAGUAAGAGCAGUACUAAAAGGCUUUCAAAUGGUUGUUCAAGUCAAACCCAACACCAGUCAUAGCGGGAAAACAAUGGAUGGAACGCAGCAAAAAGUGGAAGCUAACAUAUUGCUGCUUGGAGCCGAAAAUGUGGGGAAGUCAGCGCUCACUGUACGAUUUCUCACAAGACGAUUCAUCGGCGAGUACGGUGAUAUAGAAUCCAUAUACAAUCACAACGACAAAAUCGGCGGACGGGAAAUUUCUUUCAACAUCUGGGAUUCGCUGUACCCACAGAACUGCGAGACUACGGAAUCAAUCACCGAAAAGCAUUUGCAGUGGGCGGACGGUUUAAUUCUGGUGUACAGCAUAUGUGACCGUUCAAGCUUCGACGUGGUGCGACAACAGGUGCAUCGCAUCAAGCAAGCAAAGAAGACCUCCGGGGUGUCACCCAUCAUAAUCGUUGGCAACAAGCGUGACCUCCAGCACCGACGCACGGUGUCGAGUGAAGAGGGUCGGCUCCUAGCUCUGUCUGCUGACUGUGGUUUUUUUGAGAUAUCUGCUGCUGAAACAUACCAUGGCGUUUUGCUGGUGUUCCACCAACUGUUCGACCUCAUCAGGGAGGCAAGGGCUCUUAAGAAGGGCGGCAUCAAGGGCAUCGUAAGAAGCGUGUCGGCGGUUUUUGGGAGAAAACGUGCGGAGUAGUAUAGUAAUAACCUACUGGUUGUGUGAUGUUCUAGGAAAUGUCAUAUUUUCAAAACUCUUGUUUUGAAUUGUUGGAUGACAGAGCCGACGCACUGGACGAUGCCUUCGUCGGUCGCCCCGUGUGGAGCAUGUGCAGGCAGGAUUGAUUUUCUGUAGGUUGCGAGUUUGAACUCGGAGGGCAGGUGUAGAGUUUUGACUACUAGUGCUUUAAAAGCACUACUCUCAUGCCUUGUCUGACUGUUUGGAUUUGAAAUGUUAGGCUGCUGACUGACAUCAGGGUUUUAGUGAUGAAAAUGAGAUGUGGUCAGUCUGUUGAACAGAAAGGAAUCCUGGGCUAUAGGUGUUAAGCAUUCGCCAAUGUUUUUUUCUUAACAGUUCGAUUGACCAUCAUUUCAAAGUGAAGAGAUGUAGUUUGAAGCCGUAGCAGACACUUAAGGAUUGAGACAAUCUGAGUGAUGUUCAGUAGUAAUACCACUCCAAUAUGAUGUAGCAUUUUUUUUUUAAAGGAUGGGGAAGAGGGUUUCAUGUAUCUUUAUGUAUAGGACAGGGGAACUGUGCGUUUCUGCUGAUGAUGUGUGGCCGGACUGUGCAGAAGGCCAUUCAGAUCACUAAAUGAUCAACUUUUUUUUCUGCUGGUUAGUGAGUCACGCAUACAGAGAAAUAUAUGACCAUUUGGUCUUCUGACAGGGGAAAAGUCUGCACGUUUUGGCUUUACUACAGCACUCAUUGGAACUGAAACCAUGUGAAUCCCAUUUUACAGUUGACCCAUUCUGCUGUGUGACCGAUGACACUGAGCAGGCCCGUGCAGAGGCUUUUUGAGGGUCAGGUGCUCAAAGUGAGAAAAGGACAUAAUCUAUAAACUGUUUUAUGACAUCCAGUUAUUGUUCAAAUAUUAUUUUUCAAAUAUUCAAAUUCAAAUAAUGUAAAAUCAAAGGGGCACUUGGGGCAAAAAGGGCAGGUGCUCAGGCACCCAGAAUUUCACCAUCUCCCCUCGGUAUACCUGGUACAGAAUAUUAGGCAUUGUAUGUUUUAGGACACUGGGAACACCUCUUUGCCAUUGUUGCAUCCAUCGCUGCACUAUCACUAUUAUGGUUGGAUGCGAUGGUAGCUGUUUGAACUGUAUUGUUCCCAGAAAAAUGUUAAAUUUGCAGCUUAUUUUCAAUGUCUGAAUCUGAAAAACUGCCAUUUGUGUGAGCUCGUGCACAUGCACAUUAUAGGGCAUUGCAGGGUUUACCUACAGUAGCAUCUUUCCCAGUUUGGAAAGGUAUUGAAAAUGUUAUGAAGUUUUAUUUUUUGUUUGUUUGUUUUUGUGUUAUUGCUGAGAUUUAUUACCUUGUUAAAAGUGAAAUUAAUGAAGCAAUUCCCCACUGUUUUGCUAAAUAAAUGUUUGGAAAAGUA